GAUCAGAGCCUGUUUCUGGGGCUGAACCGGGACAGGAGAACGAACGGACGGCUCUUCUGCGGGAAGUAAACGCGCAUCCAGGGCUUUAUUUCCCAUUUUCUACCUAGCGUAUCUCCCUUUUCUUUCUCGUCUUCCCCACCUGCUGAGAUGAGGAGUUAAUCAACAAAGGAUCAGCUGCUCAUUAAGUUUUGAAGUUGUUGGAAAGAGUUCGGACAGGACAAGAGGAAGAUGCUGGGGUUUGAGGUCAUCGCUCUCUGUCUUCUUUUUGGAGCCCUGACUCACGGCCAGCAGGAGUGCGGCAAGAAAAAUGAAUGUCCCAUAGACGUGCACUUCACCAUAGACACAUCUGAGACCAUCGCCAUGCAGGAGCCGCCCCCAGGAGCUCUGGUGGAGAGCAUCAAGACAUUCGUUCAGAUGUUUGCAGAGCGUUUGGUUGAUUCUGACAUCAAAGGUACUGUGGGGGUCAAAUGGAACGUCGGUGGACUGCACUUCUCCCAGGAAAAUAGGAUUAUCACUGAAAUUGGACCCAAGAACGCUUUCAUCAGUGCCGUGGGUGGAAUCCGUUACCUGGGUAAGGGCACCCACAUCGACUGCGCCCUCGGGAACAUGACGCUGCAAAUGAAGAGAUUUCCCAGUCACCCCAAUGCCCUCCGAUUUGCUGUGGUCAUCACCGACGGCCACGUUACUGGAGAACCCUGCUGGGGCAUCAAAGUGGCAGCAGAGAGAGCUCGUGAGGAGAACAUCCGGAUAUUUGUCGUAGCUGCAUCCAAGAACGUGGAUGAGAACGGGCUGAGGGAGAUCGCCAACUCUCCUGCAAACGUCUACAGGAGGGAAUACAUGGCUGUGGAUCUGAGCCAAGGCAGAGCAAUCAUACAUGAAGACACCAUUGACCGCAUCAUCAACACAAUGAAACAUCUGGCGUUCGUAGAGUGUUACAAAGUGACCUGUCUGGAAACAAAAGGGUCUGAUGGUCCACAAGGCUCCAGAGGACAGAAAGGAGCCAAAGGAGAUAACGGCGACCCAGGUCUGAAAGGAGGAAAAGGUCGCCCAGGAGACCCUGGUAUCGAAGGUCCCAUCGGUCAGCCCGGUUCCAAAGGACAACCAGGUCUUUUGGGCGAUAAGGGAGAAAUUGGAACUCAGGGGAAAAAGGGCGCUGGUGGCAUCCCAGGACGCAAUGGGACAGAUGGACAGAAGGGUAAAAUUGGACGGAUCGGAGCUCCUGGCUGCAAAGGAGACCCAGGCGACAGAGGUCCUGAUGGUCACCCCGGGGACGUCGGUGAACGUGGUUUCGCUGGAACUGAAGGAGAUAAGGGUGAUGCCGGUCGCCCUGGUAGACCUGGACCCUCUGGCCCAUCCGGAGAGGCUGGACCAAAGGGAGAGAGUGGAAGUCCUGGAUCACCUGGCGACCCUGGACUGAAAGGAAACCCAGGAACCCCUGGACGUCAGGGACCCAAUGGAGAGUCUGGGAGAAGAGGAGACUAUGGGCCAAAGGGUGCUCAAGGGUCAGAUGGCAAUAAGGGUGAUAAGGGUGAAAUGGGUCCAGAGGGCUCGAGAGGACUGCCAGGUGAAUCAGGAAACCAAGGAACAAAGGGAGACAGUGGCCUGCCAGGGCCCAGGGGACCACCGGGGACAACAGGCGAGGCUGGAAAAAAUGGUACCAGAGGUGACCCUGGUGAUGCUGGACCUCGAGGAGAACCUGGACAGGUUGGACCGAAGGGAGACCAUGGAAGACCUGGCUUCGGCUAUGCCGGGUCAAGAGGAGAACCGGGUGAUAAAGGAGGUAACGGCAAUCGUGGGCCUCGCGGCGGCAGAGGAGACUGUGGUCAAAAGGGUGACCCAGGAAAUAAAGGAACUCUGGGAGAGGGAGGUGAGCCCGGAUCUUCAGGUGAGCCAGGCCUAAGAGGACCAAGAGGAGAGGGUGGGCGUGAUGGAUAUCCUGGCCCUGAGGGAGAUCCCGGCCUCACGGAAUGUGAUGUUAUGAACUACAUCAGGGAAACAUGUGGCUGCUGUGACUGUGAGAAACGCUGCGGACCCCUGGACAUUGUGUUUGUGAUUGACAGCUCAGAGUCAGUUGGUCUGACCAACUUCACCCUGGAAAAGAACUUUGUCAUCAACACAAUCAACAGAUUGGGAUCUCUAGCCAAAGACCCCAAGUCAGAGACAGGCACAAGAGUGGGAGUUGUUCAGUACAGUCACAGUGGAACCUUCCAGGCCAUCCGACUCGACGACCCCAAGAUCGAUUCAAUGUCUGCUUUCAAGAAUGCAGUGAAGCGCUUGGAGUGGAUCGCCGGAGGAACAUGGACUCCAUCCGCUCUCAAGUACGCCUACGACAACCUGAUCAGGGACAGCCGCAGGGCCAAAGCCAACGUCACUGUAGUUGUCAUCACAGACGGACGCUUCGACCCCAGAGAUGACGACUCUCUGCUCACCUACCUCUGCAGUCAUCCCGGGGUCGAUGUGAGUGCUAUUGGUAUCGGAGACAUGUUCGACCAGAUUGAGGAGAAUGAGAGUCUGAAGAGCAUCGCCUGCCAGAAGAGUGGCAGGGUGCUGGGCAUGAAGCGCUUUGCAGACCUGGUGGCAGAGGAGUUCAUCAGCAAGAUUGAAACCGUUCUCUGCCCAGAGCCCAUCGUCGUAUGCCCUGAUCUCCCUUGUAAAUCAGAGCCUGCAGUGGCUAGCUGUGUUCAGCGGCCAGUGGAUGUGGUGUUCCUGUUGGAUGGAUCUGAGAGGAUGGGACUGGAGGACCACCGGAGGGCCAAAGAGUUCAUCGAGAACGUGGCUCGCCGCCUCACCCUGGCCAGCGGCCAGUCAGACAACAGGAAUGCCCGCUUGGCUCUGCUGCAGUACGGCAGCCCUACAGAACAGCGGGUGGAGUUCGCGCUCACACACAAUCUCACAGUGAUCUCUGAUUCGCUGUCAGGGGUGAACUACAUGGACUCCUCCUCCGCUCUGGGCAGCGCCAUCAUCUAUGCUGUCAACAAUCUGGUGAUUCCACAGAGGGGAGAACGCUUGGCUCGUCGCAACGCUGAGCUGGCCUUUGUGUUCGUCACUGAUGGCAUCACAGCCAGCGAGCAGCUGGAUGAGGGCGUGGAUGCCAUGAGGCGAGCUGAAGGCGUUCCUACGGUGAUAGCCGUGGGAACAGACACAGAUGAAGAGGUGCUGCGGAAGGUGUCACUCGGGGAUACGUCGGCCAUCUUUAGAGGAGCUGACUUCGCCAUGCUGAACAAACCGUCAUUCUUUGAGCGCUUCAUCCGCUGGAUAUGCUAGUGAGGAACUGUAACGCUCGGCACCAUAGAAUUAGAACCCAUAGAAUGAGCGAAGGGCCAGCUCCUUCAGCGUAACGCAAAUACACACAGGGGCAUUAACAAACCCUCUGUGAUCAUUAUCUUUACUGGAUGCAAGGCACUAAGGCGGCUACAUAUCCUGUUGUUAUGGGUGAAGAUUCUCUGACAAAAGCCCAAAAAAUCCACGUAGGACCAGCUGACACACUCACACAAACACAUGCAAUAUCAUUUUUAACUUGAUUGUUCUAGUCAUUCUAAAUCUAUGGUCAGCACUUCCGACCAAAGACACUCCUAAGUAUCCCAGAAGAGAGGUGUGUGAUUAAUGGAUGUGUACAAAACAAAUUGUACGCUUCAUUUAGUUUUUAUGUUGUAUUGAUUUUCAGUUUGCAGUCUCUCUCUCCCUCUCUCUCUCCACCUCUCUCUCUCUCUCCCUCACAAGGUUGUCUGCACAAAGUCAGUAUUUAGGUGCUAAAAAAGUAAUAAAGGACAAAGCUAUUUGAGUAGUUUUGGAAACUUUUUACAUUGUGUUAUGCUGUAAUUACUAUAGUUUGUUCAGGGGAUAAAAAAAAGUGCAUGUACACUUAUCUUCUCCAGGGGUAAAAAAUCGCACAUAAAUGCCUCACACUGUGGUUAACUACACAUGCAUUACCAGACAAACAUAAUGGAACCAAUCUGUAAACAUGGAUUUCCAAAUAAAUCCGAAUGUGGUGACC